UUUAUGAGUUGAAAAUAGUCUCCAAGACACCUAACCACAACAAGAGAUAAAGGGGAACCCAAACCUUGAAUCAUCUACAUAGAGCACCUUAAGUGGCAACUAACAAUGAACUUCUUCUUACAGCUGCACCUUUCUCUCUUCUUUCCAGAAGCUGCCAAGAGGAAAAUGACAUCAGGAAAUCACUCUACAGUGACUGUGUUCAUCAUAGCUGGGCUAACAGAAAAGCCAGAACUCCAGCUGCCCCUCUUGUUCCUCCUCCUAGGAGUCUAUGUGAUCACAGUGGUGUGCAACAUGGGCAUGAUCACACUGAUUGGGCUUACUUCUCACCUGCACACCCCCAUGUACUAUUUCCUCAGCAGUUUGUCCUUCAUUGAUCUCUGCCUUUCCACUGUCAUUACUCCCAAAAUGCUGGUGAGCUUUGUGACAGAGAACACCAUCUCCUACCUCGAAUGCAUUACUCAGCUCUACUUCUUCCUCAUUUUUGCUAUUGCAGAGUGUCACAUGCUGGCUGCAAUGGCAUAUGACCGUUAUGUUGCCAUCUGUAGACCCUUGCUUUAUAAUAUCAUUAUGUCCCCCCAGGUCUGUUUGUAUCUGAUUUUUGGAGUGUAUAUUAUAGGACUGGUUUGUGCAUCAGCUCAUACGGGCUGCAUGUUUAGGGUUCAUUUCUGCAAAUUUGAUGUUAUCAACCAUUAUUUUUGUGAUCUUCUUUCCCUCUUAAACCUUUCAUGCUCUAGCACCUACGUCAAUGAAUUACUGAUUCUAAUCUUUAGUACAUUUAACAUUCUUGCCCCUAGUCUGACCAUCCUUGGGUCUUAUGUCUUCAUUGUUGCCAGCAUCCUCUGCAUUCAGUCCACUGAGGGUAGGUCCAAAGCCUUCAGCACAUGCAGCUCACACAUCUUAGCUGUUGUAAUCUUCUAUGGUUCUGCAGCAUUCAUGUAUUUGCAGCCAUCAUCGGUCAGCUCCAUGGACCAAGGGAAAGUGUCUUCUGUGUUUUAUACUAUUGUUGUGCCUAUGCUGAACCCCCUGAUCUAUAGUCUGAGGAAUAAGGAUGUCACAGUUGCCCUGAAGAAGAUGCUAGAGAAAAGGACAUUCUUGUGACAAGAAAUAGGGUGAGGAUGGUUUUAUUAGAUCUAAGUCUUUACCUAUUACCUUGCACAAAUUGAUGUGUUUCGUAUUAGUUCAUGUGUCAACAUUUUUCCUCAUUCAGUGGAAUUUACUGACAACUUUCCUUACUUUCAUGGCCUUUUUGAUGCCAUUUUUGCAGCUACAUUUUUCCUCCCAUAUGAAUUAUUGAGGCAUUCAUUAGAAGAAACACUAAGAAUGACAAGGAUACAGGGACCCACUACUGCCGUUGCCUCCUCUCUUCUUCCACACAAUUGAUUAAAACUCAGUCCUCAACCACAUUGAAAAUACCAUCUACCACCACUGAUUAUCUGCCUCCUUUCUCCU